UAAUCCUAGGUUCACAUCUAUGCGGGUGGUGCUGCUGUGGAUCCACACAAAAAUCCAUGCAGCCGCACAGAAAAUGCAGACCCACGGGGGGGGCCAUUAAUUCUAAUGGCACGCCACCAGCACUGGAAAACGCAACCGUACUGGGAACCAAGGUUCCUGUGUGGGCUGUGUUUUCCAAAGAAGCACAGGGACUUCUUCCCUACGUGUCCCGGGCACGGGAGUCCAUUCAAAUGAAUGGGCUCUCAUGCCCCAGGGGCGGACUGACCAUU